AUGAAGAAAAUCAUCAUUAAUUUAGAUUGGGAUGAAACUAUUACAUCAAAAGAUACCACUUCAUUAAUUUCGAUUAGUUUAAAUCCAAAAAAUCAAGAAAGAUUUCAUCAAUAUACAAAUGAAUAUUUAAGAUUACUUAAAGAUUAUGAAGAAAGAUAUAAAGAUGAACGAAAUGAUUUGAAUGAAGAAAAGAAGUUUUUAGAAGGAUUUAAAGUGAUUGAGGAACAAAUAAUGAGAUCGAUUGAAAAAGAUGAAUAUUUUAAAAAUAAUUGUUUAGAUCUUGUUAAAAGUUAUGAACAAGUUGAAUUUAAUAAAGGUUGGGAUGAAUUCUUUUUAUGGUUUGUUGAUCAAACAACUCAUCCAAAAAAUCAAAUCGAAUUAGAAAUCAAUAUCAUCUCUUGUUCUUGGUCUUCAAACUUUAUCAAACAUUCAUUAAAUUAUCAUGAUUAUGAUCCAUUGAAAUUUAAAUCGAUUAGAUCCAAUGAAAUUAAUCGAAAGGAUGGAAAGUUUGAAGUAAGUGAAGAUUGUAAAGUAUCCAACUCUGGCAUCAAAACUUCAUUAGACAAAUUAAACGAAUUGAAAAAUAUCAUAUCUUUUGAAGAUCUAAACCGUACCAAGACAGUUUAUGUUGGUGAUAGUUUAAAUGAUUUAAUGUGUUUGUUAGAAUCUGAUUUAGGUAUAAUCAUUGGAAACAAUUCAAAAUUGAAAUCGACUUGUGAUAAACUCAAAAUUAAUGUCAUGGGAUUCGAUUGUUUUUGUAAUUCAUUGGAUCAAAUCAGAAAUCAAAAACUGAUGGUUAGAGUUGAUGAUUGGUUUGAAGUUUUAAAAGUUUUAAAUAAAUUCUUAGGAAAUUGA